CUGUUUUCCUAGGAUUUCCAAUUAAGGGUUGACACCACAGGUUACCUAGGAAACCGAUAACCAAAGCAGUUGGCUUUCCUGCCGUAUGAAAAAUGGACGUACUUUCGCAUUAUAGUUCUCCGGUAAUAGAAUUCCCUGCCACCCAACCGUUGGAGAAGCAGUAUGCUCUGGUGGACAACUGCACGGGAACCGAUCCACCGCCUCCCAGCAAAGAUGCUGGUACAGCCACCCAGGAGAAACAGAGCAUGGCCACCCAAACGGAGCAGGUCUGGUCAAGUGACAAGGAAGUGGACUACGAUGAACGGGCAUUGGCCAAAUUUCUACGAAAUAUCUAUCCGGCAGUAGAGCGGGAACUGCUGAAUCCCACUCCCUUGGUAGAGGAGCAGGAAAUGAAUCAGAGUAGGCUGGAGGAGGAGCUACAGGUGUUCACCUAUCAGAAGCUGGAAAUGGGAGCUAUUGAAAACUCCAUAGGGUUGGCCAUCUGGCUGUCGGUGCACACGAAUAAUGCUCCAGUUCUGGUGGUCAGCACAGUGGCGCCUCAUGAUGACUGGUGUGAGCAUGUGGACCAGCAGCUGAAGCUCUUCAUUCCCCAGAGGAUGUACCACUCGAAUCUAGUUGUGUUUACGGAGCUGAAAGCUAUUCCUUUGAAGUCCUGCCUCAGAAGUCUCUGUACGAAUCCCUUCAACAAGAACAUGUUCGCUGGUUCCACCAUGGAUGGGGAACUCUUUGUCUGGCUUUAUGAGCCGGGAAGGAGUGGCGCUGGUGGUGACACCAGUGUGGACAUAAAACAGCUCUACAGCUUCUCCUCCACCCAGGGCGCCGCAGUAGCGCUCGAUUGGCCGAAGGAGCAGCUCCUCCUGGCCUGCUACGGCAAUGGAACUGUCCGUCAAUGGGACUUGAGUAGGCACAUGAGUCUGGAAUGGGAAUACUCCUUACCAGCCUCCGUGACAUCGGAACCUACAGCACUGGUGGCUCUGAGCCUAGACGAUUUCGUCCUGGGCACCAACGACGGCGGAGUCUACCGCUGCUGGAGCACGGGUCGCCAGGCCACAGCAACCAAGAAGAUUCAAGUUCAGCCCUUGCGAAGACAUCGUUUCAUGGUGUCCACUUUGCUCAGGACAGAGAUGGAGGGCAACCCGUACGUUCUCAGCUGCGAUCUCAGCGGGCAGGCCUUCUACCACGACAUGCGACUUGCUGAAGAGGACAUGGCUCAGGUUGUGGUACAGAUACCACUUCCCUUCAAGAAUGUCAUCGCCUGCAGCAGGAAUGGAAACAUCAUCUAUUGCCCCGCCAAUGAUGGAGCCCUCGAGUACUACCGGGUUAGUGAUGGAGCUCAUGGUCAUGUCAAGGGAGCAUUGCGAGGAAGAGGAAGUUUUAUCCGAAGCAGUGACAAUGGACGUUGGAUAAUUACCGGGUUUUAUGGCAACGACUUUCAGAUUUUCUACGUGGAGUUGUAAAUAAAAAACGUCCUUUUUAAUAAUCGCUUUUAUUUGCAUUGACUGCUUACUUUAAUGUACGGUUUCAUCCUCU